GCGCGCGCGUGUGUGUUUGUGUGCGUGUACUCGUUCCACCUCCCUUCAACUCCACUCAACAAGCUACAAAACUUCGGCAGCGCACCGAGAACUCUCCCGACCAGAGUCGUGUUCACUUUGAGCUCCGCGAAGGGACGGUGUCAGCCUCAGUCAAACAGGCAGGCAACUUUAUAAAAGUGCGCGAGUAGAUAAACAAAGACCGUGAAAGAGGCGAUGGUGAGGCGGAAUGUUUCUCCCGCCGGUUGGCACAUGUGAGCGAAGAUCCACCACCGCAGGGUUCCGUUUGUCUCCAAAGCCGGACGGACGCAGCGUAGUGAAGGAGAGGAGAUCGAUAGGGAGCGUAGAGGAGUGAUUGUCACCGUAAGAAGCUUCCUCCUCCUUCCCGCGGCGGACGGGAUGAUGAGGCUCUGUGUGCCGGGGCUUCGCCUGUUCCUCUGGAGCGCUCUCCUGCACUCGGUGGCGCCCCGAGGUGCGCGCGACAGACCGCGGCAGUGCGACCCUCCGCAGUCGCAAGGGGACAUGAACUCCUUCCUGUGGACAGUGCGGCGCCCGCCCCCCCUCCCGCCCGCCUACCUGUUCGGCACCAUCCACGUGCCCUACACCCGCGUCUGGGACUUCAUCCCCGACGCGUCCAAGCGGGCCUUCCGGGGCAGCGCCAACGUCUUCUUCGAGCUGGACCUGACGGACCCCCUGACCAUCUCCAAGCUGACCAGCUGCCAGCUGCUGCCCCACGGGGGUAGCCUCCAGAGCCUGCUGCCCCGGGACCUGUACCGCCGGCUCAAGAGGCACCUGGACUACGUCAAGCACAUGAUGCCCUCCUGGAUGACGGCCGACCAGCGAGGCCGCGGCCUCUACGCCGACUACCUGUUCAACGCCAUCGCCGGCAACUGGGAGCGCAAGAGGCCCGUGUGGGUGAUGCUGAUGGUCAACUCGCUGACCGAGUGGGACGUGCGCUCGCGGGGCACGCCCGUGCUGGACCUGUACCUGGCCCAGGAGGCGGAGAGGAUGGGGAAGAGGACCGGCGCGGUGGAGAGGGUGGAGGAGCAGUGUCACCCCCUCAACGGACUCAACUUCUCGCAGCGCGGAGACAAGGGAAGUCUUGGGUAA